CCCAAAAUAUUUCCACUAAUCCACUGCAAGACCGUCUUCGAAAGCUUUCACGGCGGAAAAGAUGCGUAACAUACCCGAAUCAAGACAGCAUUAUACUUUAGCGCCUGGAAAUGAAAUAUGGUUUAAGCAGAUACCUAGGGUUGGUAUCGGAAAAAGACAGCAGCAGAGUGUCGGAAAAGAAAGGGAUGGCAUCAACUGCGGCUGAAAAGAAGAUAUGGUGAACAGGAUCUUCACUCGGACGAGAAGCCGCAUCAGCCGAAUGAGCCAUCUUAUAACGCAUCCCAGGUUCGAAAGCUCUGUCGCAGUGGAAGGCAAUACGGAACCCAUGGCACCAAAACAACGAAAAAGAAAAAGGAAAGGAUGUGAUGUUGCUAAAAGCUGGAGCGAAGGAACUCGUCUAUCUCAGUGCGGUCGAUCAGACGAUGGAUCGAGUGGACGG